UCUUGGAAAUACUACACGGGAGCGAAGAGGAAGCGCUUUACUUUUGCAGAGACAGCAGCAGUUCACAAGAAACACUCUGAUGUUUGCUAUUUGAAAUUGAAAGAGUGAAGCACUGCGCCGUCAUUCAGUGGAUUUCAACGAUUUUAAGGAAUUAAAAGUUGGAGCAAUAAUUUAAGAAAGAAAGUAUUUUUGGAGUGGACACUUUGAGUCGGGACUGUCAUUUGUUGUUUUUAAUCCUCUGAAGCCUGCAGGAGCUGAAUUGCAAGAGCAACACAAUUUCUCUGAGGUUGUCCAUCAACAGUUUUCACAUGAAUCUACUCGAUCCCUACCUAAAGAUGACAGAUGAGCCAGAGAAGUGUCUGUCUGAUGCCCCCAGUCCGAGUAUGUCCGAGGACUCCGCGGGGUCCCCGUGUCCAUCUGGUUCGGGCUCCGACACCGAGAACACCCGACCGACGGAGAACAGCCUCAUGGCUCCAGACGGGCAACUCGGCGAGUUCAAGAAGGAUGAAGACGACAAGUUCCCGGUGUGCAUCCGAGAGGCGGUGUCUCAGGUGUUGAAGGGCUACGACUGGACGCUCGUGCCCAUGCCGGUGAGAGUGAACGGCUCCAGCAAAAACAAGCCACACGUGAAGAGACCGAUGAACGCGUUCAUGGUUUGGGCGCAAGCUGCGCGCAGAAAACUGGCCGAUCAGUACCCGCACCUUCACAACGCAGAGCUCAGCAAAACUCUGGGCAAACUUUGGAGAUUACUGAACGAGGGUGAAAAGAGACCCUUUGUGGAGGAGGCUGAGCGACUCCGGGUUCAGCACAAGAAAGAUCACCCCGAUUACAAAUAUCAGCCCCGGCGGAGAAAGUCUGUGAAGAAUGGGCAGAACGAGUCCGAGGACGGUACCGAGCAGACUCACGUCUCCCCGAAUGCCAUCUUCAAAGCGCUCCAGCAAGCCGACUCACCCGCCUCCAGCAUGGGAGAGGUGCACUCCCCCAGCGAACACUCAGGCCAGUCCCAAGGGCCGCCCACUCCCCCCACCACCCCUAAAACGGAUGUGCAGCCAGGCAAAGUGGAUCUGAAGCGUGAGGCCCGUCCACUUCAGGAGGGCACUGGACGCCAGCUCAACAUCGACUUCCGCGACGUGGACAUUGGCGAGCUAAGCAGCGACGUCAUCUCACACAUUGAAACUUUUGACGUCAAUGAGUUUGACCAGUACCUACCGCCAAACGGGCAUGCAGGUGUGACCAACACAGCCUACGCCGGUGGCUAUGGCAUCAAUGGCGGUGCCACUGUCAACCCGGCAACAGGGGGCACCGGAGGGCACAACUGGAUGGGGAAGCCCCAAAACGGGAGCCCACAAAGUGGGCAGCAGCACACCCUGACCCCAUUGGGGACCGGUAAUGGUGGCGAGCAGGACCAACCGAGAACGACGCACAUCAAGACUGAACAGCUGAGUCCAAGUCACUACAGCGAGCAGCAGGGUUCCCCACAGCACGUCAGCUAUGGCUCCUUCAACGUCCAGCAUCUCCAACAUUACAGCACUUCGUUCCCAUCUAUCACCCGUGCCCAGUACGAAUACUCCGACCACCAGGGUGGCGCCACCUCCUAUUACAGCCAUGCAGGGGGUCAGAACUCCGGCCUCUACUCCAACUUCAGCUACAUGAGCUCCAGCCAGAGACCCAUGUACACCCCCAUCGCUGACUCUACAGGAGUUCCUUCUAUCCCCCAGUCAAACCACAGUCCCCAGCAUUGGGACCAGCAGCCUGUCUACACACAGCUCUCAAGACCCUAAGGACACUAACAUGCACUCUGUCCCACAUACAGAAACACCCAACAACAUCAAGAGACAGUAAAAAGAAGACUUAUUGGCCUGCAUAAAGACUCACAUUACACAUACACAUUCUCAUCAUUACACAUACACAUUCCACUCUCUUAAAACACACACACUUGAAUUUUCCGGGCAAAAUGAAACCUUCAGAUGUAGGAAAGAAAGCUUGACUUCAAAACAGAAAAGGAAAAAAAAUAGCUCAAAAUGGCUCCCAACGUGCCUUUUUAAUCGCCUGAAAUUGUGAUUAGAAUAUAUAUUUUUAGCCUUGAUUGCAAGAAAAGAGAAACAUUUUUGAGAAAUUAAUCCUCUGUGAGGACUUAUUGAUUAUUGAUCCUAUAAUAUGUACUGUGUAUGUUUUCUUAACACUUUCUUUUUGUAUUUCUGCCAGUCAUGAGAGGCCUUCUGUGUUUCUUGUAGAAAAGUCUAUUUUUACUAAACCACUCUCAGUAGUGAUGCCUUGUUUUUUUUCAAGCCCAUCUUUUUUUUCACCAACAAUAGCAUUCUCUUACCCUUUAUUGUCUGUAGUUUUCACGCUGUGCAUUUUAUACUCUAGUUUUAAUUUUGUUCCCUUUAUUUAUGUUCCUGUAAAAUACCAUCCCUCUUCAACUGUCACAAAACCCAAUACUUUUUUAGGUAUUACCAGCUCUUGUAAAGGCGUUUGU